AUACUUUUUAGAUGACCCAAUAAUUCUUGCUUCAUUUAUAAAUUAUAUGAAAAAAUGCAUGUUCCAGUUUACACUAUCUAUCACUGAGGAUGUGUAAAUUAUCCGAUAACGGUAUACAAAAAAUCGCAAACGAGUUGAAGUAUCAGGAUCCACCAAACGAGCCAAAAUUGAUCGCUCUCAAUGUGGCGGAUAACGAUAUUACAGACAUUGGUGCCGAGUAUAUCGCUGAGAUGCUUCGAACUAAUCGAUCUUUGCAGAGCGUGGUGUUAACUGGAAACAAGAUACAAGAUGACGGCGCUUCACUGAUACUUCAGGAACUUGUCAUGUAUAUUUUUGACAGUAGCGAUUAAAUUAGACAAAUUUCUUAAUUUAGGCCGCUAUCUUUAAUGAUAUGACGCGAUAGGUCCUCUUUGACUCACGAAGAAAUCGUCGGCCUUAGACGUCGCAGAUUUAUCAAGCUGGAGAGCAAGUUGGACAGUCGAGAUACUCAAGAAAGGGAACAAUGGAGAGAAAAUGGAACACGGCAAUAUCGAAAUAUGCAUCAAAAUUCUAAAAGAAUAAGUAUGUUUAGCGCUUUCCUGCAAUUUGUUUUAAAAUUCGUUUCAUGAUAGUUUUCAAAAUGCAGCGAGUCAAGAUAGUUCAUUAAAGAUGGGAAUGCCACUUAAUUCUUCGUCGAUAUCGAACAGCUCUAUUCAAAUCUCAAAAAAGCUUUCGGACAACGAUAUUGGUCAUCCAUUUACAAGAGAAACAAUAGCAAUAAACAACUGCGUGAUAACUAGUGGAAAUUUGAAUUUGCAACAUUUGAGUCUAAGUUUUAAUCGCCUGACGAAUAAAACGUUGAAGAAACUGGUGUUAUGUCUGUACUAUCAGAGUUAUAUGCUAUUAGAUGAUUACACCAGAGGGUUGCUGCAUGUAUUUUUGGAGGGUAAUGACAUCGAGAAAGAUGAAGACUGGAUAAUGUUUCAAGAACUUUUGCGUCGCAGACGACAGAAGGAUCAAACGUUGCAAGAUAUGAACUUUAAAGACUUCAAAGAUUCCAUCGCAUCGAUUGAAAGCUUACGGAGCAGAAUCAGUAUUCGUGAUUUUUCAACUGAGCUCAUCACACGUGAGGAGUGGUAUGAUCAAUGAUGCAAUUAUUCGGAGAUCUUAU